UUAUAAUAGGGCCUGUGUGUGAAUUCAAGCUGUGUGGAAACACAGAUCUCACAUCGUUUCCUGGCUCUCAGAGGACGUGGAGCUCAAGCCAAACUUCUGGGUUUUGAUACAACAAUAACCAGGAAAUGUCUGGAGUGAUCCCUUUAUUCCUGGCAGGGCUCUGCUUCCUAUUUCUAAGACCCACUUGUUGCACGGGCAGCAGGAUCCUGGUAGUGCCCGCUGACGGCAGCCACUGGAUAAACAUGGAGGAGAUCCUCCGAGAGCUGCACUCCAGAGGCCACGACAUCACUGUGCUGCGCUCUACCAAAAGCUGGUACAUCCCUAACAACUCCUCGAUUUAUACCUCUAUUAAUGUGACCAUGCAGGAGGAUGAGUUGGACCCAGACUUCUUCAAUAAACUGUUACAAGAUGCUAUGGAAUGCCGCGAUUUUCAGCCCUCUAUAGGCACCUUCUGUCAAGAGCACCUGAUCACAUCCUUGUUGGGAAAUGGCCAUGAGAUCCUUGCUAGAUCAGCUGCUGCAAUGCUAGAUGACCCUGUGUUUAUGAAGAAGCUGCAUGAUGAAAAGUAUGACUUAAUGUUAACCGACCCUGCUAUGACUUUAGGGGUCAUUUUAGGUAGUUACCUCAAGCUGCCGAUGGUUUUCAAUGUGCGAUGGAUUAAUAAUGGGGAGGGCCAUUUGACUAUAGCUCCCUCUCCUGUCUCCUAUGUCCCUGUGUCAGGAAGCGAACUCCGUGAUCGGAUGGAUUUUCUGGAACGAACCAAGAAUAUGUUGCAUUAUCUUUAUAGUUUUUGUGAACAACAAUUCAUCAUUAACCCUCCCUACGCCGAUCUGCUCCAGCGGCAUUUCCCUCCUGGGACUGACCUGCUGUCGUUGGAGCUUGCGGCUGAUAUCUGGCUGGUGAGGACUGAUUUUGUCUUUGAGUUCCCUCGACCCACGAUGCCCAACUUGGUGUACAUAGGGGGGUUCCAGUGUAAACCAUCCAAUCCCCUUCCUGUUGAGCUGGAGGCCUUCAUGCAGAGCUCUGGGGAGCAUGGGGUGGUGGUCAUGUCUCUGGGGACAUUUGUAUCGGCCAUUAAUGACCAGGCCACAGAGGCCAUCGCUGCUGCUUUUGCUGAACUCCCUCAGAAGGUGGUGUGGAGGUUUGGGGGGGGAAAACCGUUAUGCCUGGGCAACAACACCCUACUGAUGGACUGGUUGCCCCAGAGAGACCUCCUGGGACACCCCAAGACUCGUGCAUUCGUAGCCCAUGGAGGCACUAACGGCAUGUACGAGGCCAUUUACCAUGCCGUUCCUGUUCUGGGCCUGCCCCUGCUCUUUGACCAGUUUGACAACCUGCUGCGGCUGAAGGUACGCGGGGCAGCUCGGGUGGUGGAAGCAAAAUCAAUCACCAAAGAAGACUUCCUGGAGGCUCUAAGGGACAUCUUGGAGACUCCCUCGUACCGCCACAACAUACAGCAUCUCUCACAGCUACACCGCGACCGGCCAAUGUCUCCCAUGGACACGGCCAUCUUUUGGAUUGAGUACGUCAUUCGGAACAAAGGAGCUGCCCACCUGCAGUCAGCAGGUUUUAAUCUUCCUUGGUAUUCCUACUUCUGCCUGGAUGUGGCAGUUCUAUUUGGGGCCCUUAUUUGGGUCUUUAUCUGGGCUUCAGUCGUAGUCUAUAAGAUUCUCUGCUGCCGAGGACGCCGCAGGAAGAUCAAAGCAGAGUAACUGAUUAUGACCAAAGUCAUGCUUAAAGACCACUCAGUUUGUUUGGGGAAUGAACACAAAUAUCUUCGAAGAAGUGAAACCCAGCAACUGAUUCUCUUUGAGAGUUUUGAAACAUUGCUUUCUCAUAUUAUAAACAUUCAAAUUCAAUAAUAUUAAUUAUCGUUGCUGAAAAUACAGACAAUGUUUUAAUUUAAUUGCUUUAACCAGAGAUUAUACAUAAAUAGUCAUGGCUUGCUUCAAGUACAUUCAUCGGAUUUUUGGAGCUAUAUGGAAAUGUUUUUAAAUCAUGAACUUAGACUAGAGCAUUAAUCAUAGUCUGCUUUCAUUGUAAAAUUCAUAAAAAGUUCCCUUUUGUAUGAAUACUAUUUACCUUAAAUACCUGUGAUGUUCUGCAGGGCUCUGCAGACAAAAUUCUGAAUAAUCUAAAUGAGUUGAGCAAUCACAUUAGUAAGGAAGUUGCAUGUUAUAGCAAAAACAGUAUGUGCAAACAGGAUGUCUACAUGAUAAUGGCCUAGAUAAUUUUGUCUUCAUUCUAGGAAGGGAAAUAUCACUGUAUAAAGUCUACACUGAAUCUUUUUGAUUGUAAACACACCUGAAGUCUGAUCAUAGGGUUACUUUAGUGCAAAGCACAAACAAAAUGUGAGAUUGAGGGUUUAUGUAUCAUCUUUUAAAUAAUUAGGCAUGAGGCAAACUAUGAAAAAGUGCACUGAAUGUAGAAUGUGCAUGUAAAUGUUAUUCAAAGUGUCUAUUUUCGAAGACUUGAAUCAAUGUCCAACACGACGCAUCUCUGAUACAAAUGUGACUGAGUUAAAACACCUCACCGUAUUAACUACUAUUUAUUUGGAAAUGUCUCACUAAGGUAGCUAAAUUAUGAACACACACACAGAAAAUAUCACUGGACAGAGAGCGAGACAAGUCGGAAUAAAAUAAAUGAAUAAAUCAACGGGAACUGUUCAGAAGCAGAUUAAACUUUGGCAAAUAUUCAAACUAUUAAAUAACCAUUAAGAAACAAUAAUCAAGCGGGUGUAAAAAUCUAUUACAACUAGUGACCUGAGAAUACUUUAUUUAAUUUUCAUAUAUUGAGAACAACUGCGUUAUACUUGGUUAUUUAGCAUUGCCUUCAUUUCAAAAUCUGGAGAACCAAAAUGAUAUCCCUUAUGAAUGAUGUCGUCAAUUUUUAGGUUUAGAUAUAUGAUGCCAUUCUAUUUUUGAUUAAAUCUUUUAUGGUCCAAACAAAUUCCCAGGAAUCCCGCCCCCUUUCAACACAAGCAGAUAAUUGGCCAAUGAGCUGUCGAUUGAACAGAUUAAGCUGCUUUGAUGCAGUAACAUCGGUGAUGUGAGCAAAACAGCAAGUACACACUAGGUUUGACAAUAGCCGGUACACAAAUAGGCAAAAGAAAAGUAUUUUUUGUAGAAAUGGGUAGGACAGUUUUUUUGUUAAUGAAUUUGCAUAACAAAUGGUUAAAAUUUCUGAUGCAAUCAUGUUGAUCUAUCAAAGAUUCUAUGUUGAGUUGCGCAGAGAUUGGCAGUAUCUCCAUUACCUGUAUUUGAAACACAUUUUUUUUUUUUUGUAUUUUGUAUUUGGUAAGGCCGAUAAAAAAUCUAACAUUAUUUAAAACAAACAACUCAGUGGAGUCAUUUUGUACUUAAAAUACUCAAAAAACCUUGUACAAGUUGUAUUCAGAUCUUCAAGUUCAACGGAUUGUCUGUCUGGGUAAACAUUUUAUCCGAGGGUGACGGACGUCAACUAGCUUGAUGUAUAAUUUACAUCUAGGUCUGGCUACACAGCCUACAAUGGUCGUCGUUCUAAUAUCAAGCUAGCGAUCAAUGCUAACUAUAUAGCCUACCAUGCCACUGGCCAAUGUAAGAGAGAAAUAAGUAAGCUACCAUGCCACUAUCCUAGGUAUAGUAAAAGAGAAGUAAGUAGGCUACUCACUUGUUAUGCUACUUGAUCACUUUUCUAUUGAUUUACUACUUACCUUUUAUUUGUAUUCAUUUUUCUGUGCAGAACUUGAUGUACAGCAAAUUAUUUAGGCUUUUUACGUGUGUAUAACUGGUUUUAAUCCUAUAUUUUGCUCUUAUAGUAUACAUAGGCCUAAGGUGUCAUGCUACUCAUAUGAGAUGAAUAUUAUCUUGUUGAUAUAUAUAUAUGUAUUUAAUCAAGUUGUUUUAUUAAUACAUUUUCUUAGUUAAACUGACAUUUUGCUACUGAUAUUCCUUUUUGUGGGGUGCACCAGAGCUUUGUGUACAUUAUUAAGCCCAAACCUGAAUGAUCUGCUAUACCAAAUUGUGAGAAAAUGGAAAAUCCCCCCAAAAUAUCUUACAUUCUAAAUACAAAAUACAUGUUUUGUAUUUUGUUACAUUUUCUGGCACAAGUAUUUUGUAUUUUAUUUAAUACAUUUAUUUGAGGAGUAUUUGGUAUUUUGUGUUAAAAUAUAUUUGGAUGUAUUUUUGCUCAUCUCUGGAGUGGUGCUACUUCACCAAAUUUAACAGAAAAUAAGAACAGCUGUGGCUCAUAUGUUAUUAACCGACAAUAUAUUUAAGAUAGUUUCUUUUAAAACGUACCUAAUCCAAAUAUAAUGUUUUAAUGCAACAGCAUUCCAUAUAGAUAUGUUGUAUUUUCAGUUUCAGAACCAGACUUUUCAUCCCUUAACAAUUGCACAUAAUGUUUUUUCCAUUCCAUUCCUUUUAAUGUGGUCAGUUUUCAAUAAUUUCAAUAAGAUGUUAAUGGAGAUUCAUUUUUCUCACGUUGAAAUUAUAAUAAAGGCUGAGUAAAACUACUGAA